CACAUAAUUUGUUGCUCGUGUGAAAUAAAAUAGUUUAUGAAAAAUAUGUUUACCGGAACUUUAUUGGUUUGUCUUUUUGCAGCUGUUUCGGUGAUAAUACCUGUAAGUGCUGAAAAAAAAUAUAACAACCAAAGCGAACUUAUGGAUGAUACGAUUGAUAAGAUGUUUGAGUGCAUGCAAGAACUGGACAUAAAUCCUGACGUUUGCGGCGAAUUGGUGUUGAAGAACAAAAAUCACAACGAUAAGAGGUAUGAUAACUGUAAGUGCAUCGGCCCGUGCGUCGGGAAGAAAAUGGGAACGAUGGACUCGGUGACUGGUAAAUGGAACUGGGCUAAACUUGAAGAGUUAUCGACUUUGCUAGAAAAUGAAACGCUAAAAAAUGAGGCAAAACUAUUGCAUAAACAUUGCUUUGAUGAAGUAAACACUCAUUGCGUCGCCGGUUAUGCGAUCAUGAAAUGCAUCAUGGAACAUUCCGAAAUGGCUAAAGAUAUGAUCAAAAACUAUUUGGCCACCAGAGAUGACGCUCAAAAUGAAGACAAAACCGCAACAUAAUACAAUAUAUACCUAAUAUUAUAAAAAAAAUUGUACAAUGUUUGAUAGGUAAUAAUAAUUAUUAGAUUAUAAUCUACGCAGUUUAAUGCACUCACAGUACGAUUCGAUUACAAAAUACAAUACAUAUACGAUAUAUAAAUACGUUAGCACUAAAACUAAAUUAUUAUACUUGGUAUAGAUUUAAAAAUAUACAUAUUUUUUUUAUUUUAUACCAUAAUGAAAUAACAUAAAACGGUGUUUAGUAAGUCGUUGUACUCGUGCCACUGAUAGGUAUAUUUAUAUAAUAUAAUAUCCUUAUACGUCUAUAA